GAAACAGGGUGGAGUGGACAGAUUUGUAGGAGACCGAAAUGUGCCGAAAGCAAACGUCUACUAGAACACCUACUGCGAAAGAUCUCAGAAUUAAGUAGCAAUGCUGGAAACCUAGCUUUCGAGGUUCAUCACUACUACCACUUCUGUCAACAGAGCGAGGCUGACCCGAAUCGAACGCAUAACUACUGCUCCGAGCUCCAUGCCGAGUCAAUUCCAAGA